AAUGGACUCACGCACUCAUCUUAUACCAUAUAUUUUUUUUCAUCUAUGGUUCAAAAUGGCCUAGAUUUGGGGGUGGGUAAGUAGAAAGAAUGAAGGCAAUUUUAUUAAGGCUCGUAGCAGGAGUGCAAAAGCUUCAUGGUCUUCCGAUCCUCCAGUGGAAGUGCUCCGUAGAAGCUUUGGGAGUCCGAGAAACUAUUUUUUUGGCAAAGAGAUAUAUGGGUGACGUCAGGUUAUUGUUGAAACAGAUGCGGCCUUAGUUGUAUCGCGGAUUGAAGGAGAUCGAGAUGCUUCUCAAGUUGGUCUAUUUUUUGACGAUAUAAAAUCUCUUUGACUGAAGUUGUCAAUCUAUCGUAAGAAUAAUUGUUUCUAAAUCUGAUGGUGUUUCUAGCUUUUCUAGCACACGAAUUAUUAAUAUAAUGCUGACAUUUUUUCUCAAUGUUCAAUAUUCUCUUUAUGAGAAAAUAUAUACACCUCCUUCUCCAAAAGAACUUUCUAACUUUCAUUAUUUGUGUGUUUCAAAAUAAAUUCUUUCAUUUUCAUAAAAAGUAUAUUUUCAAUAAAAUAUUAAAACUCCUACUCUGUCCCACUAAGGGAGUGUUUGCAACUGCUUCUGCUUAAAAAAAACAUUUUUGGAGUGAUUGGGAAAAAGUGAUAAGUAGUAAAAGUUGAUAGUGUUUGAGAAAAAAGUGAUUUUGAAAAGUAAAAGUUGGUAGUGUUUGAUAAAAUAAGUGUUUUUUGUGUAAUAGAAAAGGGAAAAACACUUUUCACACGCAAGCCGAGAAAAAGUAAAAAUUGGCAGUGUUUGGUAAAUAAGUGUUUUUUAAGCCAAAAGCUUAGAAGUGCUUUUUUUAAGCUAUUGCAAAUACUCCCUAAGACUAUUGCAUUUUUCUUUUUUUAUUUGUCUCACUAAAAUUGUUUCAUAUUAAAUUUGAUAAAAUUUAUAUAAUUUUAAAUCAUUUUUAUUUAUCGGUUAAUAGCAAACACAUAAAUUCAUUUUUUAAUAAUUAUACCACCUCUUCAUUUUUACUUUUAACUUUCUUUGAAAAAAAUUUAUAAUUCACCAUUGCUGAACUAUGGAUUGUGUCCUAAUUUUAUGCCUGUAAUUUAAUACAAAUUUUUUAUUGAGCUUUAUAUGAGUCCAUGAAGUCAUAUAUUAUGUAGUUUUAUCCCUCCACAUCUCCCUACUCAUCAUUCUAAAUUUGAACCCACAGACACCUAAGGUCCCUCUAAUAUCCUUUGAAAAUGAGGAUUAUAUAUUACGAAGUAUGGAAUAUAUUAUUAAGUACUCCGUAGAUUGCAACUCAAACCCAAGCUAAAGUCCGGACCGUUACGUUCUUUAACCAAACUGUACUGGUAAAAGAAACGGUCCGUCCACUCUCCACUCCACAAAUCACAAUGCCUAUCUCCUGUUUGCUAAAAGGUCACUAAGAAGACUGAUAAAAGGUACCGUGCAAGCAUGUACUAUGUUGUGAAUUGCUCAAAACUCUCAAGGUUGCAUCCUUUCACCAACUGCACCUUUUUCACACCUUUGAUACUGGAAACAGGGAAUCCUAUCAAAAGAUUUUUACGUGCCUCAUUUGUUUCAACCGUAAAAGAAGAUUUUGCUAACAAUCACAGCAGGGAUUAUAGCAGUUUGGCAACGGGUUUAGCCUCAUUGGUUGAGGAAUCUUCAGUUAUGGGGAAUAGAAAUCCCAGUAUAUCUUUAGCUCAGAACCUGGCCAGCUUGGUUGAGGAGACCUCCACAGUUAAGGAUACAAAACAAAUGUCUAGGAUGGAGUGGAAGAGGUUUCUGGAGCGGAAAAUAAAGAAGAAGGUGAAGGAACUGUACGUGAAUGGGAAGUAUAAGGACCUAAUGGUGAAACUUAUUAGUAGUCCAGAGACAUUACAGGAUGCUUAUGAUUGUAUAAGGGCGGACUGUAAUGUUGAUAUAGCCUUGGGUGGAGUUGACUUGCCAUUUGAAUCCAUGGCUGAAGAGUUAUCUUGCGGGCAUUUUGACAUAAGUGCUAACACAUAUUCUAUUGCAACUAGGGGCCCCAAGAAAGACAUACUCGUACUCCCUAAUGUGAAGCUCAAAGUUGUUCAAGAAGCUAUUAGAAUAGCACUGGAAGUUGUUUACAGACCAAACUUCUCCAAGAUCUCGCACGGGUGUAGAAGUGGAAGAAGUCAUGUGUCUGCUCUUAGAUACAUCUGCAAGGAUAUGAAGAAUGCCAACUGGUGGUUCAGGUUACCCUUGAGCAAAAAGCUUGACGACCUUGUCCUCACCAAACUCUUUUCUAUCAUGGAAGACAAGAUCGAGGACCUCAUGCUAUACGAUGUGAUUCGUACCAUGUUUGACUGCCAGGUUCUGAAUCUAGAAUUUGGUGGGUUCCCUAAAGGGCACGGUCUCCCGCAAGAGGGAAUCUUGUCUCCAAUAUUGAUGAAUAUAUAUCUUGACCUCUUAGACCGAGAAAUGUACAGAAUGUCAAUGAGGUAUGAAGCCCUUGACGACAAAUCCGGACUGAAGGCCAAAGGAGACGGCGCACAGUCUAAACUGCGCGACUGGUUUAAGAGGCAAAUGAAUGACAGUGACUCUACUGAGGGAUAUUCUGGUAUAAGGGUACAGAGUUGUCGUUUCAUGGAUGAGAUUCUUGUCGCGGUCUCCGGUAGCAAAGAAGUUGCAGCUUGUUUGAAGUCUGAGGUUCAUGGUUUCUUGGAAAACUCUCUCCACGUGGAAGUUGAUGACAAUAUAGAUAUUCUUCCAUGUGAUGGUCCCGCUGGGAUUCGGUUCCUUGGCUGUUUGGUCAAAAGAAGCCCGAUAGAGAUUCCUGCGGUGAAAGCAGUUCACAAGUUGAAGGAAAAGGUAAAGCUAUUUGCUUCUCAGAAACAAGAGGCAUGGGGUGGGGGAACCGUUAGGAUUGGCAAGAAAUGUCUGGCCCACGCACUGAAGAAGGUUAAAGAAUCUGAGAUCAAACAUUUAGUGGACAGUAAUUCUCCUUUAAGUGAAAUUUCCUGUUACCGUAAAUCUGGAAUGAAAACUGAUCACUGGUUUAAAGUCUUACUGAAAGUCUGGAUCCAAGAUAUGAUGAAUGCAGAAAGUGUGGACUUCAUCUUAUCCAAACACAUGACAGAACCUUCCCUCCCUCAAGAUCUAAGAGAUUCCUACUAUGAGUUCCAGAACUGCGUCGACAGAUAUGUUUCUUCAGAAACAUCUGCUACUCUUGCUCUGCUCCCCAAUACAGCUUCUCCAUUUAAAACCCAAAUUUUAGCCCCCAUCAACGUCAUUAGGAAACGUUUGUAUAGAUAUGGGUUGACGAAUGCUGACGGGUUUCCUCGUACAUGCCAUGUUCUCGUUUUUCUUGACCUUAAUCACAUUAUUGAUUGGUUUUCGGGUAUAGCCGCACGACUACUCAGAUGGUAUAGCCAGUUUGACAACUUUAAUGAAAUGAAGGUUGUUGUUUGUGACCAACUAAGGAUGUCUUGCGUGAGAACACUGGCAGCCAAGUACAGAAUACAUGAGAAGGUGAUUGAGAAGAAGUUUGAUUCAGAACUGAGCAGAAUCACCCCAAGUGAUGAUGAGUUUGAGCUGACAAAUGAAGCAUUAGCGUCUCAGACUGCAGAUAACGAUGAUUCCUUGAUGUACUGGAUGGCAUACAGUGGGGCAUGCUUAGUGUCUUUGGCGAGAACGGUUAGUGGGUCCCGGCCAUGUGGCUGUUUUGUUAUGGGAUGUAAGGCUGCUGCUCCGUGUGUUUAUUCUCUUCAUGUGAUGGAAAGACAGAAGUUUCCUGGUUGGAAGACGGGGUUUUCGAGCUGUAUACAUCCAAGUUUACAUAGAAGGCGGUUUGGGCUGUGUGAUCAUCAUCUGAGAGAUCUCUUUCUAGGUCAUAUUUCACUUCAAUCUAUUGAUUUUGGUUCUUGGAGGUGAAAAUGUAUGAUAAUCAACAAAGUGUAUUCAACAGUUGUGUUUAUUAUAUUUUUAUUAUCAAGUGCAAACUUAACCAAAGCCAACACUUCGAGCCCGUUUGGUAACGCUGAAAUGGACUGGACAGGCUGAUUUUGAUGAAAUAUAUGAAGUUCUGACUAAAGUGAUUGGAUU